AUGCUUUCGCGAAAUGCGCCGUCGACAAAAGUAGCCUCAAAACUCUCCACCCGAAUCCUAUCUUCCACCACAGCACGAUUACCGUCCUCGAUCCCUUCGAUACAUCAAUGUAGAGGGCUUGCCACAGUAGCAGAUACGCCACCUCCUCCACCUCCACCAAAGAAGACACAAUGGGGUGGAUUAAGGGAUCAAGAUAGAAUUUUUCAGAAUUUGUAUGGGCAUCAUGGGGCAGAUCUGGCGAGUGCGAAAAAAUAUGGUGAUUGGCACAGAACGAAGGAUAUUCUUGCAAAGGGUCAUGACUGGAUUAUAUCCCAAAUCAAGGCUUCAGGUUUAAGAGGUCGCGGUGGCGCUGGAUUCCCCUCUGGUAUGAAAUGGUCGUUUAUGAACUUCAAAGGUUGGGAAAACGACAACAAGCCAAGAUAUCUUGUUGUCAACGCAGAUGAGGGCGAGCCUGGAACUUGCAAGGACAGAGAGAUUAUGCGAAAAGACCCUCACAAACUCAUCGAAGGAUGUCUGGUAGCAGGCCGAGCAAUGAACUGCACAGCAGCAUACAUUUACAUUCGUGGCGAAUUCUACCACGAAGCUACAGUUUUACAGCGUGCGAUACAAGAAGCGUACAAGGAUGGAUUAAUUGGAAAGAACGCUUGCGGCAGUGGAUAUGAUUUUGACGUCUAUGUUCACCGUGGAAUGGGAGCAUACGUCUGUGGUGAGGAGACAUCUUUGAUUGAGUCGCUCGAGGGUAAGCCAGGAAAACCUCGUCUUAAGCCACCCUUCCCUGCCUCCGUCGGUCUUUUCGGAUGUCCUUCAACUGUGGCGAACGUCGAGACUAUCGCUGUUGCACCAACAAUUUGCCGAAGAGGAGGAGACUGGUUCGCUUCCUUUGGUCGAGAGCGUAAUGCUGGUACCAAGCUCUUCUGUAUUUCUGGUCAUGUCAACAACCCAUGUACCGUCGAAGAGGAGAUGAGUAUCCCUCUUAGAGAACUUAUUGACAAACACUGCGGUGGUGUUCGAGGAGGAUGGGACAACCUCAAAGCUAUUAUUCCUGGAGGAUCAUCUACACCAAUCUUACCAAAGGGCGUUUGUGACGACCAAUUAAUGGACUUUGAUGCGUUAAAGGACAGCCAGUCUGGUCUCGGAACGGCAGCAGUUAUUGUGAUGGACCAGAGUACUGAUGUUGUUCGUGCCAUCUCGAGAUUGAGUCAUUUCUAUCGACACGAAUCCUGUGGUCAAUGCACACCAUGCAGAGAAGGUAGCAAGUGGACUGAGCAGAUUAUGAAGAGAUUUGAGAAGGGUCAGGGUAAAAUACGUGAGAUUGAUAUGUUGCAAGAACUUACAAAGCAAGUUGAGGGUCACACCAUUUGUGCUCUCGGAGAGGCCUUCGCAUGGCCUAUUCAAGGUCUUAUUAGACAUUUCAGACCAGAAUUGGAGGCACGUAUGAAGGAUUAUGCUGAGAAGAAUGGAGGAGAGCCGUUGGCAGGUGGUUGGGACAAUAAUGCAUUGCAACAAGGUAAACUUAUUUCACCUGGGCAAUAG